AUGGGACCACAGCCUCCUUUGAUCAGUAGGCAGAGUAAAGGUAUGUAUUACUCUAGCAACAUUUGCCCUGGUGGCCGCACUGCAGAGCAUCUCUCCAGUCUUCAACCUGACCUUUCUUUGACAGACAGACAGCAGAUCAAAAUGUUUCAUGAGCAAACUUGUUACAGCAGCAGUGAUGCCUGUUCAAUGGUGACCUGUUCCAGUCAGCAGGAGCUCAAUCUCGCCAGAGACAAUGGACACGUAUCCACAAAAAGGCACCCAUCUGAUGCAUCCAGCUCUUGUGGUCACCCUGACUGGUACUACAACAGCGGUCAUCGAGCAAAGCGGGCCAGAGUGGAGAGCAUUAUCAAAGGCAUGGUCACCUCUCCGGGGAUGCAGCACACAGACUUGAUGACAAACCAGUAUGUGGAGUCUGGCAGCACAGAGGAGAAUGAAAGGAUUCAAGAACUGCCUCUACAUCAGGGAGGAAGUAGAUCUGACGGUGUGAUCCACAGCCAGAAAACACAAGAACACCCUGAGAGUCAGCUCAAAACAAGGUUUGUCAGCAUGGAUGCAGUAAACGACACAUCAGGCAUCAAUAGAGAAGAGCAAUAUCUCACCUGGAAAGAUUCUCUUGAAACUACACCGGGAAAUGAAUCCAUGGGCUCAUUUAAUGAGCUUGAAAGCAGCUCAAGAAAGUUACAGGGAUGGAAGAAAGUGAAGCUGAUGAGCUACUUCCAAUCCAAACCUGAGAGAAUGAAAUUAAUAUCAGAUGUUUUAAAGUACGAACUUUCCAGAGCUGUCAGCAGGAGCGUGGACUCAAUUUUCAAAAGCAUGCCGCUUCUUCAGACAUCGGCAAUUGAUGGAGGGAAUUUACAGACUGAUCUCCAUCUUUAUCCAACAGGAUGCAAAGAUAAUAACCCGGGCCUUAUGUGUAAUGGAAAUGCAGAGAUGCCAAUUCAGGAUACUCAGACAGAAGCUUUGUCUCUGGUUGUACCAAAGCCUCGACUACAGAGGGACAUGUUCCCCCAUCUGUCAAAAUCAAGAGGCCACUAUAAUCCCAAAACUCUGGUCCCUUUGAGUAAAGACUCUGUUCUGCAUGAGGAAGAGCUGUCUGAGGAGACUACCCACCAUCAUGCUCUACAUAGCUUACAGGAUGAAGUUGGUCCAGUAAAGUUUGAGAAGUUUAACACGCAUUGGAAUUCAGUCAAAGUGAGAUCAAAGGUUAACUCUAGAUCUGUCAGAAAACCUCAUACCCACACUGUGUCAGUUGAUCCUCUGUUUUUAGAAAGUUUGUCUCUCCCUCAUGUGAAGAUUGAGUCAGAUAGGCUGGUGAAGAAUCAGCUGUACAUGCCGAAUGAGGGUCUCACCACGAGCCAUCUGAAGAAAGCAAAGCUCAUGUUCUUCUACACCCGUUAUCCAAGCUCCAUGGUGCUGAAGAUGUGCUUCCAUGAUGUGCAGUUCACGCGCUGCAUUACCUCUCAGCUCAUCAAGUGGUUCAGUAACUUCAGGGAGUUUUUCUACAUCCAGAUGGAGAAGUUUGCCCGUCACGCUCUCGUAGAAGGAUCGACCGACGUGAGGGGUCUGACUGUGGAGAGAGAAUCAGAACUUUUUAGAACUCUGAAUACACACUACAACAAAGCCAACGACUUCAACGUCCCUGACAGAUUCCUGGAAGUUGCAGAAAUUACAUUACGAGAAUUUUUCAUCGCCAUUUCAUUGGGAAAAGAUUGCGACCCAUCGUGGAAGAAAGCAAUCUACAAAGUGAUCUGUAAACUGGACAGUGAUGUACCAACAGAGUUCAAACACCAUCACUCUGGAUGAGAACAAGCCAGGAGACUUCAUGUGCCACAGUGGUUACUCUCACAAAGUGGACUUACUCAUGCUUAGUAGAGAAUUUUUGCUUAUACUGAAGAGCAGAAAAUAAGGUAAAACAGGUGAGUAAAA